AUGAUAAAUGAAUUUGGAAUUUAUCUGAAUCCAAAUUCUCUUACACGUAAACCUAUGAAUAGGUCAAGGUUUGUGGACACGAACCUUUCUCAAUUAAUGGAUCAGGAAACAGCACAAAUUUUAUUUGAUAAAGGUGCUUUUUUGCUAUUUUUGGAUGCACCUGAAGGGCUGGAGUUUGGAAUAGAUUAUAAUUCAUGGCAAAUAGGUCCACGAUUUAAAGGAGUAAAGCUCAUCCCCCCGGGGUUACAUUUUGUUUAUUAUAGUACUUCAGAUAAAUCUGGUACUUCGGGACUUAGGAAAGAUAUAAAAAAAAAUGAUGAGACGGAUCCAGAACAGAAUGAACGUUUAAAAUCUGACAUGCGUCAAUUUGAUUCAUUUCUUGGCGUAUAUCCACUAACACCGCCAACUGAUUGGAAAAAAUGGGUUAAUCUAACAAAUUAUAUAACCCCUUCGUUGAUUUCUCGUAUAUUACCUAAUGAAGGAAGGAUGAAUAACGUUUCAUCAUCAACAGUAGAUGAAGAUGAGUUAUUAAACAUUAAAGGCUCUUCGAAAUUUUAUGAGGACAUUAUUCUUUUCGCAAAAUUUGACUUAAAAAAGAGUUGGAGACCUGGUGCCAUUGGACAAGAGAUAACGAAAUAUAGUCAAGAUAAAAACCACAAAGAGCUUUUAGGUGAACUUCAACUAUCCUUUGUAUGUCUACUGAUAGGUCAAAAUUUUGCGGGGUUCACACAAUGGAAGAAUUUAGUGCAAUUGAUUUGUAUGUGUAAAGAGGCAAUUAAUACUUAUGCAAUGACGCUUUUCUUGGAAUUCAUCGAUGUGUUAAAUUUUCAACUUGAAGAAUGUCCGAUUGACUUUUUUCGAGAUGUUAUAUCUGAAGAUAAUUUUCUUUCACAUGUUUUAAAGAUCCUAGACAAGACCAUUUUAGAUUUAUCGACACAACCUUCUUCUACUCAUCUAAAAUCAUUGCGACGUCGAUUUAACAAGUUUCGAGGAUUCCUUGAUCAGCGAUUUCGGUUAGAGUUACCAAAUGAGUAUGAAGAAGCGGAAGAAGGAGAGUAUGCACCUGUCGUUGUAGAAUUGCCGGAGGAGUAA